GCAUUUCCUCAGCCCGUUUACCCCCCCUGCUCGAAAACAAUGGACCGAUCCUGGUGUUCCAAAGAAGUCCCUGCACUCUCAGAAGAGUCUCAUUAAACUUCACUUCACGCGGGAGAGAUGACCAUGGCAAAGAAACUGGUGAUCAUCGACACAGACUGUGGCAUAGACGACGCUCAGGCCAUCAUCAUGGCCUUGGCAGCACCGAACCUCCAGAUCCUGGGCUUCACCUGCGUGUUUGGAAACGCUGCGGUCGACAAUGUGUGACAGAAUGUUUUGAGGGUGCUCUCCGUCUGUGAGCGUGAGGAGAUUCCGGUGUUUCGAGGCUCUGGCGUCCCUCUGGUCAUAGACAGUACCUCAAGUACUGACCACUUUGGCAGUGACGGACUUGGAGACGUGAUUGAAGAUAAAGAUCCACAAUGGGAGGAGAAAAUCCAGAAGGAGCCUGCAGCCAAUGCAUUGAUAAGACUGGUGUCUGAAAACCCGAACCAGGUCUCCUUGGUCGCCCUCGGCCCGCUCACUAAUCUGGCACUGGCUGUCAGACUGGAUCCACGCUUUCCCCAAAAGCUCAAGGAUCUGUACAUUAUGGGGGGCAACAUGGAAGGAAUAGGAAAUAUGAAACUGUGUGCAGAGUUCAACUUUGCGAUGGACCCAGAGUCAGCCUUUAUUGUUCUCGAAGAGUUUCUCUGCCCUACAUACAUCACAACAUGGGAAUAUGCGUGCAGGAACGGACUGACAUGGGACUUCUUUGAGGAGUUGAUCAAUCAGGAUGCACCAGCCGCACGCUUCAUGAAGAUGAUAACAUCCAAGUGCUGGGCCUACUCCAAAGAGGCUUUGAUGAACAAGAGAGACGUGUACUUUGGAUCGUGCUUCGUCUCCUAUGAUGCCUAUGCGAUGGCCGCCUGCAUUGACGGCAGUGUGGUGACGGAGAGCAUCCAGUGUCCCGUUCGCGUGGAGCUGCAGGGUUCCAUCGCUCGCGGCAUGAUGGCACUAGAUCGCACCAACAUGCUGAAGAAGAGUCACAGUGUGUUUGUUAUGACUAGGUGUGAUACUGCCAAGUUUGGUCAGCUACUAAUGGGGUCUCUUAGGCAACCAUGUAAAAAGUAACUUUUUUGUAUACAGAUAUGUAAAUAAAGCGGUUACACCCUU